AUGUUCAUUCAAGGAACUACAUUGGCUUUAUCAUUUAUACGAGAUUUACACAAUUUAACUGUUGUCUAUAAACCAAAUGCAUUUGUUUAUCAUGUUUGUCAAACAUCACAUCAUAUUAAUUUUAAACGUAUACGUUGGCAUUAUGAAUCUUUAUACGAUAACACAAAUGACACUGAUACACAUUGUAAACGUUUAUUUAAUAAUUCGGAUUGUUUUGAUUUUUAUUAUGGACAAUCAACAAGUAUACUUGUUGUUAAAGAACCUGAUAUGUACGUGGGAAAAUAUACAUGUCAUGUAAAUAUAAAUUCAACUUAUGAAUUAACAUCAUCAGGUUAUAUUGAUGUUAAAUUACCAUUGAAUGAUAUGAAUGAAUAUGAUGAGUCAAUGGGAAUGUAUAAUGAAAAAGAAUUAGGUAAAUUAGCUAUUCAAUAUAAUGUACCAUUUAUACUUGAUGAAAAUGAUGUGACAUCAUUUGGUAAACGUAUACAAAUUGGUGGGUCAUUUUAUACCAAAUGUCAAUCUGUACAAAGUUCAUAUCCAAUACAUUUCUUAUGGAUACAUUUAAAGAAUACAUCUGAUAUUGAACAUUCCGAAAGAUUAAAAACAAUUCGUUUUAUACAAAAUGAUGGUCAAAGAAUAAAAAUCCAAGAAACAAAAUAUUCAAGUUCUUUAUCCAUUCAUCCUGUUGAACUUGCGGAUGAUGGAGAUUAUGUUUGUAUAGCUUCAAAUAGUCUUGGCCGGUCAUUUUCAAGUACACGUUCGCUGAUUGUUUCAGAGCGCAUGAUAUAUCCUCGUAUACGCGAUAAUCUUCUUAAUCAUAGUCAAUUUGAUCUUCAACAUGAUGGAAUAAAAGAACUUAUUUGUAUUGCUGAUGGUUAUCCUGAAGCAGAUGUUGUUUGGAUUCGAGCAUCAGACUCAUAUCUUCUUGCACGAAAUUACACACGUGCAAUACUUAAAUUUGACAAUGAAAUGCAUGGUGUGAAUAAAUAUAUUUGUGAAGCAAAAAAUAAGCAUGGUUUAACUAAAAUAUUUAUUACUGUUAUUAUACCAGAUAAUCAAACAAAACCAAUAUUAAAUUAUGGUGAUAUACAAAGUCGAAGUAUUGUAUUAAGUUGGCGUGUAUCCAAUGGACGUUAUGAUCGUUUUAAUCAUUUUAUUAUUUAUUAUCGACGUUUACAAAAUUUCGAUGAAGAUAAUAAAGAAGAAAAUGAUUUGAUAAAUUUACAAGAUUAUAAACAAGUACUUGUUGAUCCACGUACAACACAAUACAGUUUUACAUUUCGGAUGAUGGAUUUAAUUCCGUAUACAAAAUAUGAAUUUCGAUUAAAAGGUUUUAUUGGUGCUACACCAUCAGCUUAUUCAAAUCCUGUUAUUGUUAAAACACUUGAAACUGUACCUGAGAAAAUUGAAAAUCUUCAUGGUUAUGUUUGGAAUAAAACAUCUAUAGUUGUUCAUUGGACACCGCCCAAUUCAACUAAUGGACCUAAUUUUUAUUACGUUCUCUAUUAUACAAUAAAUACAUCGAUCCCAUUUGAACAAUGGUCUCAUAUUAUUGUUCGAACAUAUCCAUUUUAUACUCUAUCACUUUCAAUACCUCCAAAUCAUCUUCUAUUUAUUCGUAUUGCAACCGUUAAUGCUAAAGGUUCAACCUUGAGCGAUUUUCAUAUAAUAAAUCGUACUAUAAUAAAUCAUCAAUUAAUAUCAACAAUAGACAAAUUUCAAUGUUCAUCGGAUGAUAAAAAUCAAUUGUUUUCUAUUCAAUGGUCUAUUGAUUAUGAAUCACGUUUAUAUAUUAAUAAAUAUAUAUUAUAUUAUUUUGAUAUAACAGAAAAUAAUGAUGAUUUAAUACAUAAAUUACUCAUACCAAUAAGUUCGAUAUCAAUUAAUAAACAACAAUCUUAUGAUUUAUAUAAAUAUGAAUUUAAUAGUUCAUUAUUUGAUUUAAAUUAUAAUCCACAUCAUAUAUUAAGAUUACAUCUUGCUUUUAUUGAUCACAAUGAUAAUCAGAUGACAAUGACACAACCAGCAAUAUAUUGUACUUUAACAAGAAAAUAUGCAACUGAUAAAGAUUUUAUACGUUUAUCAUGGACAAAACCAACUCGUUUACCAUUAUCUGUUUAUGGUUAUACGAUAAAAUAUCGACCGAUAAAUUCGAAUCAAUCGUGGUUUGUCAAACAAACAAAUGAUACACAAAUUAUUUUACAUGAACUUCGUCCAAUAACAAAAUACGAAAUUAUUUUACAAGCAUAUUUAAAUUCUUCUUAUACAGAUUCAUCUGGACCAUCAACACGUAUAGAAGCAACAACCGACGAAACAGGUAACUUCCUGUUCAAAUAA